CUUUUCAAACAAAUUUGAAGCCAAAUUUUAAACGAUUUUUAGGUAAAUUUUUUAUAUAUUUUUAAAAAACGAUUGCAGUGGAAAGAUAAGUUAUUUUUUUCAGCUUAAAUGAGCUCACAUACAACAGAUAGCGGUGCUGGUGGAUAAAGCUCCGAUUCUUUGUGUGUGAGACAAAUUGCGUUUUGAGCAAAGUUAGUCUUUUAUGAGCAAUCUGUACAUAAAGAUUGCAGGGCGUUAGGGAGGAUUUUUGUUUUCAGUCGUCGAAUGUCUUCAUUUCCACAAAAAAACAGGAAGGUCAGGUUCGGGCAGUGCAAUCUGUACAUAAAGAUUGCUUUCAAAAUGUAGGAAAAGGAUCAGGACUGUAGUGUAAACCGGUAAAAAAAAAAUGUACCAACAUGACAAUUGUAUAAGUAGCGGUAACAAAUGUUUAAUGUUCUAUAAAUUACUCCCCAGGGUAAAAAUAAAUAUAUAGCAAUCUGAUUAUAAAGGUUGCAGAAAGUAAGUGAAAAGGAGACGAGAAUCGUUGAUGUACAAUAAUAACGAAUUUUUUUCAUUGUCAGGACUUUGUUCUACAAAAUGGCGGACGAGUUGUCUUUUUUUUUUUUGUUGUGCUUUUUGUUUCUUUGGAUUUUUAGGAUUACCUCCAGUUUCUUUUAGAGAUGGGGUGUGUGGACGAAUUUUUACAACGUUUAAACUAACCUUCCAUACAGGAUAGCGAAGCGGGGGGGCUAGAGUAUAUGUUUUAAUACUUUUUAUAUAGAUAGAUAUUUUUUUCACGGACAUGUUGUGACCACAAAAUGGCCGCUGCUUCGUCCUUCUUUCUCCCGCUGCAGAGAGAUGGGCGGGAAGGGAGUAGUUGCGUCACAUAAACUAGGCGGGGCUCAACUGUCCUCAUCAACGUGGCGAACCACGCCUGUCUGGAUAGACAAGAUAAAGUAGAACGUAAAAAAUGACAUACCGAAACGUUGGGGAAGGUGGCACUUUUGAGCAUUGACUUUUUGUGUGAUCCUAAUGACAAUGGUUGCCACCAUGGGAUCAGGGCCUGUGGAUCCCAGAGAACUCCUGAAGGGACUGGACUGCUUCCUGGGCAAGGAUGGGGAAGUCAGGUCCUCAGAGGGGGUUUCCAAAAUCUUUAGCUUGAUGAAAACUUCCCAAAAGAUGGUUAGCAGGUGCAUCUACCUGAAUAUUUUACUGCAGACAAAAUCACAGGACAUCCUGAACAGGUUUAUCAAAAUCGGAGGUUACAAGCUGUUGAACAGCUGGCUGACGUACUCCAAAACAACCAACAACACUCCACUGCUGCACCUGAUCCUGCUAACUCUGCAGAACCUGCCACUGAAGGUCGAUCACCUCAAACAGAACAACACAGCCAAAGUAGUGAAACAGUUAAGCAAGACAGGUCCUGAAGAACUUCGAAAGCAGGCUUCAGUGCUGGUUGAAGGCUGGAUGGCGAUCAUUCGAACCCAGAGCGGUGCUGCGGCAGCAGCUGCUUCUGCCCCUUCAGACAAGAGGAAGAAAGAGGAAGGGAAGGGGAAAGCGGCUCCAGAAAAAACAGAGAUGAAGCCAGACCUGAAAGGGGCUGAGGCGAAGGCCGAGGAGGACAAGAGGAAAGAGAAACCCAAAGUACAGCGGACCACUGCACCCAGCCACGCCAAGUUCAGGUCCACUGGUUUGGAAGUGGACACUCCGACCCCAGUCCCUGUUAAAAAGGUGCCCCCUCCUAUGCAAGUAGGCGACAAAUACAACAUCAAGCCAGCACCUGUCAAGAGACAAAACUCCGGUUUGGGACCUGAUAUGCAACCUGUAGAGAAGAAGUACAAACCUCUGAACACCACUCCCAACAUGAUCAAGGAGAUCAAAGUGAAGAUCAUCCCAGCCCAGCCAAUCGAAUCCCCAGGGUUCCUCGAAGCGUUGAAUUCCGCCCCAGUAACCGGAGUCAAGAUCAAGAAGAAAAAGAAGGCAGUGUCUCCAACUUCCAAUAAGUCUUGCCCGUUCGAUAUCAAACCAAACCUGGAGUCCAGCCCUGUGAAGCACUUGUCCCUAGACAGCUCACCCACAGCCUCAGUGGAGACAAUGGAACUGGAGCAGCCGGGCACCCCAGUUCCUGCAGAGGAGGUUCCUGAAAACAUGGAUACUGCUCCGGAGGAGCCGAAUGCGCUGGCUGAGCCACGUGGGGAGGAAAAGGCUGCGGCUGACACAGUGAAGCUGACCAAGAAAGGGAAAAAGAAGAAGAACGUGCGAUGGGCUGAGGAGAACCACCUGCGCGAAUACUUCUUCUUUGAGCUUGAUGAGACAGAGAGGGUGAACGUGAAUAAGAUCAAGGACUUUGGCGAGGCUGCGAAGCGAGAGAUGAUGAUGGACCGGCAGGCCUUCGAGUCGGCACGGAGACACUCUCACGACGCCAUGGAGGAGAAAGUUCCCUGGAGCUGCCCGUGGCCACUUGACUUGCCACACACCCUAGUGGUGCCGGGCAGCGGCAGCCAGGAGAAAGUUACUCAACAGGAGAGGGAGAAGGGAAUUCUGCAGGAGAUCUUCCUGUCUAAGGAGAGUGUGCCAGACAGCCCCCACGAGCCCGACCCUGAGUCCUAUGAGCCUCUGCCCCCCAAACUCAUCCCCCUGGACGAGGACUCCUCCACAAUGGAAGAUGGCUACAGUGACCCCAUGGACACGACCCCUGCCUCGCACUCUCCAGACGUGUCUGGAGCCAAGCUGCCCACUGUCCUGGCCAACCUGAUGGGCAGCAUGGGAGCGAGCAGGAGCCCACAGCAGCCUGGCUCUGGGGUGGUUCCCCCUGUAAAUGUACAGGAGCUACUAUCCACCAUCAUGGGAGCUCAGGGGAACCAAAAGCCAGAGGACCUAAUCAAACAGCCUGACUUCUCAGACAAGAUCAAGAAGUUGUUGGGGUCUCUGCAACAACAACAGCAGCAGCAGCAGCCACAGCAGCAUCAGCAGCAGCCUCAGCAUCAGCAGCAGCAGCAGCAGCAGCAUCAGCAGCAGAUUCAGCACCAACACCCGCCCCAAGGACCUCCUCCAGGUUUGCUAGGGAUGGGUCCAGGGAUGAAUGGAGGAUUCCCACCAGGACCCAAGAAUGGACCUCACUUCCCCCCACAUGGAGGCCCAGGCGGGCACUUCCCCCCUCACAAUGGGCCAGGUGGACCCCCAGGAGGCCCCCGAAUGAUGGGGCCCCCUCCCCCUCAGCAGCGUGGAGGAGACGGGUACUGGAAACCCCCCGGCGAGCCUAUGAGGGGAGGACCCCAUGGUAUGAGAGGGGGGCCCUUCCACCGGGGAAGGGGGGGGCGAGGGGAAAACCCAAGCUUCAGAGGCAGGCCUGGUCGAGGGAGCAGUGGACCACCCAGACGGGGUGGCCCCAACAACUCACACAUGGGAGACAUGUCGAACCGUGAUGUCUGUCGGCACUUCAUGAUGAAGGGCAGCUGUCGCUACGAGAACAACUGUGCUUUCUACCACCCCGGGGUGAACGGGCCCCCCUUGCCCUAAUGAGACAAUGGAGUGGGCAGGCCUCACCACCUUCAGACUGACUCCCAGCGACCGCAGCCACCAACAUCAUUCCAUCCAGACUGACUGAUGGGCACAAACACACCAUUGACCACCUUUGGUCUGGAGUUUUGUGUUUCCCUGGACCUCUUGCGAGCAAGUUAGUUAGUUGGCUGGCUGUAGCAGAUAACCUAUUGUGUCUCCAAUAGGUUUUAUCUCCUGGAAGGAAAAACAAAAAAACAUUUUAAAAAUGAAAUGCAUGAAUCAAGCAAAUUAUUUCCUAAUAAUCGAAUAGGAGAAAGAGAUCAUUUUGAAUUGUUUUGCUUCUCAUCUGCGCUUUGUGGAGCACCUGCAUUCAAUACAAUCUCUCUCUCUCUCUCUGCCUAGUUCUCAGUCUGCAGGGAAGGGGCAUUCGGAAAAAACUGAUAUCUGUGUCCAAGUCACUUUGACAAUUACUUUUGCCGUGUUGGGGAAUUAGUAAUAACAGUUGAAGCCAUUACUGCAAUGUCAUGUUGAGGUAUCAAAGUCUUAGUCAAAAAGCCCCUCAAACUUCAAACUUGUGUUUCUUGAGUUUUAAAUGGGGCCUUAUGUAAAGGUAUUUACACAGUUGACUUCAUAUGUAACAGGGAAGUGAAAACUACGAGGAGGGUAUAAGCACUAAAAUCUAGGCAUACAAAAAUACAUGUUACUUUGCACAUAAAGGCAUGUAAACUAGUUUGAAUGGAUUCUUCAACCUUGGUUUUGAAGACCUGAUAUUCAAGAUAGCCUUUUGUUGCAUGUCUUUGAAACUAAAGUGACAGAAAUGUUCAAACUUACCUCAAAAAUCUAUUGAACAUUUUUUUUUUUUUUUAUUUCCCACUGGUGUGUCCAGUGUAAAGGAAAACCACAUGGAUUCAUAAUGUAUUUAAAAAGGAAACCUAUUCAGAUGAUGAAAUUGAAAGGUUUUAAACUCAUCUUAUGAACAAUUUUUAAAAAGUGCGUUCUGAUGUCAUCUGGACCAUUGACUGUAAUUCAGUGUCCAGUACCCUGGAGGCAGUGUAUCACAGGGUUAAAAAAAACAGAAAAAACCUUCCCAUCACAUCCGACCCACUGAACUGAAGUUUCUUUAGUCUUAUUCCGAUGUAAAAUGGAGUGUUUGAAGUUUCAGCAGAUAAAAAGGGUGCAGUUGGAUUUUUAACAUAUAGAUUAUCAGUUGUCAAAGUGAUGUCUGGAUGAAAACAUACUCCAUGUAAUGCUCCUCAUCUCUGUAGUCCAGUCUUGAGGUUGAUUGGUGGGUAUUACUAAACCACAGCGCAGUGACGCAAUGGGGAGUACCCAUCCAGCUAUUUAAAAAGUGGCCCACAGUAUUGCAUACAAUUGAAAGUAUUCUUGCAUUUCUUUUGAUGAAAACCCACUUUGUGUGGUGUACAUUUUGAAGUUUUGUAAAUAGUUUGUAUAUACAAUUGUAUUGAAUUAGUCAGAUUAUUAUUAUUAUUUUUUUCUCAAGUGAAACUUAACCACUAAGCCAGUUGAAUCUGGUGUUCAGGGUCGCUCGAACGCAAUGUCAAUGUCGGGGCGUAUAAACAGCUUGGGUGAGAGGGGAUUGAAUGAUUCAAGUGUAAUUGUGAAGUACUGACCAGGGAACCGGCUUUUCAUAUUCUUUAGUUCGCCAGCUAGGAUCAACUGAGAACAGCUUCAUGUUUACAGUGUUAAUGGGAGGAAUAGGGAUCAGAACAAUUGGUUUCAACCCCUGCAUUAUAUUUCACUCUAUCUCUCAAUUCUAUGACUGCAUGCAAUAAAACCAAAACUGCUGAAGGGUCAAAAUAAGUCAAAACCCCAUCCUUGAUCUGUUUAAAACUAAUAAUGCUGUGUAGCACUUCUUUGUUUCAGAUAACAACUGCAACUUUUAUGCAAAGCCAAAUGGUUGUUUUUCCAUGAACCAAUAUCAAAUGACUGACUAGAAAAUGUAGAAUUAAGCAUUACUGGGAUGCAGUGAAUAAUUGGUUAUGCUUUUUGUUGAACCCUACUUGGUCUCCCAGCAUCUUCCAAGUCUGUUAAGAUAAUGUUUCCCAAAGUUUUCCUAGAAUCAAUAUGCUGUAUACAAACCAUUUAUUGCCCUCAUAAUGCAUCAGUAAAGUGUACAGAUCGUAAGAUGACAGGAGUUUAGCUCUGCGACUUAAUCAGAACAUUAUUUAAAUAGCAAACUGGACUGAGCUUUGAACAAGUGAAAUCAUAGGACCAAAAUUAUUUAUGAAAAUGUCUCUAAUAUCUUAAAAUCAAUUAGCAAUUCCUGUGUACUGUAGCUUACAUAAAGGAAACGUUAUGUUACUGAUGCAUUAACUGAGCAAUAAAUCAUUUGUACAUAGUGUUUUUUUUAAAUCAUAAAAGUAAAGAUUUAUAUCGAGACAAUACUUGUAUUUUCACUUUUCGUUUAUAUUUAGGCUGAUAGCUAAAAGCCUUUAAAUGUUUUCCAGGGUUAAUUUUUGGGGGGGUUCAGUAUGUAAAGUGCAUUACAAUCACUGUGCCGCAUGAUAAUGUAAAUGUUCUGCAGUGAAGUGGUGUCACUUUUACUUUAUUACUACUUUAUCUCUCCUUCUGUUUCUAGCACAGACUAGGAAAUAGUCUUGAUUUUUUUUUUGUUUUUGUUUUUUUUAAACAUCUUUGUGGUGAUUUUCUGUGCCCGACACAUUUCUAAAAUCUGGCUUCACUUAACUGUAAAAUGGUAAGAGAAUUCUCUACACAGGAUCAGUAUUGUGUAUUUUUUCAGAUUUAAUGUGCAAUGUUUUCUGUUUCUAAAUGAAAAAAAGAGGAAUAUUGAAACAGGCUGCUAACUUUUUGUUUGUAUUAUUCUGUCUUUUGAACAAAGUAAAACCCCAAGUCUGUUUUCUGAAAAGGCACGCGACUGGGCUCCGGCUAUGACCAGGUGCUGAAGAUCUAUGAGGUGUUUUCUGUGAAAACUUGCUACUGUCUCUUGUGGGACAUUUUUUCCAGAUGUUCUGUCUUUAAAUGUAUUGUUUUGUAUAUAUUUUGUACAUUUAUUAAUAAAUGUGGAGAUACUUUA